AUGGUCUCAACCAAGACCAUGGAUCAUUCCCCCGAGAAAAACGCAGAAGAGAAGCAUCGCCUGCAGAAGCUCGGCGUGACCAUCGAUGGAGGCUAUGUCGACGGCCACCUCCAGGUCUCCCGCGCACUUGGGGACAUUGAAAGCAAGACUGGUGACAAGAUCCAUGGCUUGAUCUGCAAGCCGCAGGUCAUAGCUGUUGCAGUAAAAGCACCGAGUUCAUGGUUCUCGCCACCGAUGGGAUGUGGGAUGCUGCAAGAGCAAGCUGCUCUUAGUACUACGAGAACGGUUCUACGAGAAACCCGAUCUCAGCAUGCCGCCGUGAUUGUCGUGCGAUCAACAAACCUGAACCGCUUCCCAAACGGGAGCCAGGGCAGUGGCGCUUGA